AAGUGAUCUCCGGCUUGUUUUUUGCACAGCUAAUCGGUGACCAAGGUCAAGAGCUGUGGACGUGAGAGCUUCAGCCGGUGAAUGCAAGUGAUCGGAAAUCUGUUCCCACAUGGCCGGCUUGAUUAACUUUGAGGACGAGCAGGAGGUGAAGCAGUUUCUGGAUAAUUUAGGAGUGGAGUACAGUUAUCAGUGUCACCGGGAGAAGGAUCCUGAAGGGUGUCAGAGGCUGGCUGAUUAUCUGGAGGGUGUGAAGAAGAACUAUGAGUCCACAGCUCAGGUUCUCAAGCACAACUGCGAGGUGAAUGGCCACGGAGAGAGCUGCUAUAAACUCGGCGCUUACCAUGUCACCGGCAAAGGUGGUGUGACGGAGUGUUUGAAGACUGCAUACUCCUAUUUUAUGAAGGCAUGUAACAGCAAAGGGAAGAAAUCAGUGGACGCUUGUCACAACAUCGCUCUGCUUGCCCAUGACGGCCGAGCCAUGGAGGGGGGAGCUGAUGCGAAGGUGGCUCGGCAGUACUAUGAGAAGGCUUGCGAGGGAGGCUUUUCCCCCAGCUGUUUCAACCUGAGCGCUCUUUUAAUCCAGGGAUCUCCAGGGCUGGACAAAAACAUGCCUCUGGCUCUGAAGUAUGCCCUACGAGCCUGCGAGCUGGGACAUGUUUGGGGCUGUGCUAAUGCCAGUCGCAUGUACAAACUGGGUGAUGGGACGGAUAAGGAUGAUCAGAAAGCAGAGGAGCUGAAGAACAGGGCCAGAGAACUCCACGGACAGCAGAAAGAAUGGCAGCUGAAAUUUGGGGAGUGAGAUAAUGUGCCGUAGCAGUGACAGAUUUAUAUAAAUACACAAAUUAUUUGAAUAAAUUAGUUCUUUGCCA